AGAAACUCGUUCAAAGUUCAAGAGGCGUAAACUGGAAAGGCAAAUAUUCAACUGUCUUUAUGCUGUUGAAACUUAAAGGACACUCAGCUGCAGGACUGACACAUAUCUCCUGAUUAUAAUGUUCGCAUAUAUUCUAUAUACCGCCCUUACAGGUUUGGCACUUUUGCCAUUAUUGAUUUACUUUAGAAAUCCUUAUUUUCUGAAAGAUUUAAGCUACGCGGUUACUGCCAUUCAAAUCGCUAUGCGAAUGGGCAAAUUCAAGAAGCAGAAACCGUUUUACAGUAUUUUGGAUUGUUUUCUGGACAAAGUGGCGAGGCAGCCGCACAAGAAGUUUAUACUUUUCGAGGAAAGUUCCUAUACUUACAGCCAAGCAGACAAAGAAAGCAACAGAGUGGCCAGAGCUCUGUCCGCGCAUGCCCACCUGAAGGAGGGAGACACGGUGGCCCUCUACUUGGGCAACGAGCCGCAGUUCGUGUGGAUCUGGCUCGCACUGGCCAAGCUGGGAUGCACAGCUUCUCUACUGAACUACAACAUCAGAUCCAAAUCUUUGCUGCACUGCUUCUCCUGCUGUGAAGCCAAGGUCCUGGUCACUGGUGCUGACCUGCAGGGGGCUGUGGAGGAGGUGUUGCCCACUUUGAACCAGCAGGGCAUCCGUGUGUUUAUCCUCAGUGAGGACUGUGCUGUGGAGGGCAUUGAAAGCCUCUCUGAUAAAAUUCAGCAGGCCUCAGACCAGCCUCUGUCACCUCAGCUGAGGGCCAACAUUAACAUUAAGAGUCCUGCUCUGUACAUCUACACCUCAGGAACCACUGGGCUUCCCAAGGCAGCUGUAAUUAACCACGAGAGGCUAUGGAUGUCAUCUUUUCUUCAGGCUGUUGCUGGUAUACACUCAGACGAUAUCAUCUAUGUAUACCUGCCUCUUUACCACAGUGCUGGCUUUCUGAUGGGACUGUGUGGAGCCAUAGAAAAAGGCAUCACUGUUGUUUUAAGACGUAAAUUCUCUGCCUCCCACUUCUGGAAUGACUGUAGAAAGUACAAUGUGACUGUUGUUCAGUACAUAGGAGAAAUUAUGCGCUACCUCUGCAACACACCAAAGAGAGACAAUGACAGAGAUCAUAAAGUCCGAUUGGCUUUGGGGAACGGGAUAAGGGCCGACACCUGGGCUGACUUCCUGCAGCGAUUUGGGGACAUUCGUAUCUGUGAAUGCUACGGAGCGACAGAAGGAAAUGUUGGCUUUGUCAACUAUGUCGGCAAAGUUGGAGCUAUUGGCAAAGAGCAUUUUCUCCACAAAAUGGGAUGUCCAUAUGCCCUCAUAAGGUAUGACACGGAGAAAGAGGAGCCUGUCAAAGACUCCAGAGGAUUUUGUAUUGAAGUCCCCAGAGGAGAGACCGGUUUGUUGGUGGCAAAGAUCGGAGAAAGAACACCUUUCGCCGGCUACGCUAAGAACAAGCAGCAGACAGAGAAAAAGAAGCUGAGAGACGUGUUUGUGAAGGGAGACUUAUACUUUAACAGUGGCGACCUUCUAAAGAUAGACAAUGAGGGAUUUGUCUUCUUUCAAGACCGCAUUGGAGACACUUUCAGGUGGAAAGGAGAAAAUGUGGCAACCACAGAGGUGGCCGAUCAUUUGCUCAUGGUGGACUGCAUUGAGGAGGCUAAUGUCUAUGGUGUGAAGGUGCCAGGACACGAGGGAAGAAUUGGAAUGGCCGCAGUGAAGCUGAAAGAAAACAUGAACUUUGACGGCAAAGCUGCAUAUCAGCAUGUCAAAAACUACCUCCCCAGCUAUGCAAGACCACGUUUCUUACGCAUACAGGAUGCACUGGUAGUAACUGGGACGUUUAAGCAAAUGAAGGUGAAACUGGCAGAGGAGGGCUUCAACCCUGCCAUCAUCUGGGACCCUUUGUUCUACCUGGAGGACAAUAAGGGCUACGUACCCAUGACUCAGGAGAUAUUCAACUCCAUCACAGAGGGAAAAAUCAGGCUCUGAAUGAGAUCAGUGUUUAUUAUUGGAUUGUCAACCUCAAAGAGUACAUUUGAUUUUUAGGUAUUAGGUGAUACAGGAUGCCAAAUAAUUGUAAAUGACCUGCACACUGAGCAUUUAUGUACUGCACAUUUUAUGAGCUACUUUACCUUCUGUGGAGAAUAUUGUGUACUGAAAAAUUUCAAGGGAUAUCAUUUUGUUUGAAAUACUUUUUAAUAAAAAGCUUUUGAAAACAUGA